UUCCCACCUUUUUGUCUUCUUCGUCUUCCCUCCCUCUCUCUCUCUCUCUCUCUGCAGAUUGCAAAAAUACCUUCGUUCCACCGUCGUUCACUGGAGACUCAACCCCCGCAUUCCCAGAAAAAGCCGCUUUACAUUUCUCCUUUGUUUUAUAAUCGACGGAGUAACAUUCAGUCACGAAUUCGAUUGCUACGUGGCAAGUGAAUUGCAGCAUUCCAUCAAUAGCUGAUGAUGAAAUGCCAUUUUUCCAGUCCAUAGUAGUUGUAAAAUGCUUUGCGAUGAUUGAAAACCAACAAUAAAAUCAUGGAAAAUAAAAUUUUACAUAGACAAAGGGAUGGUUCUGUCACUCUGUCAGAGGUGUAGAAGCACACAAUGGGUAAAGAUGAGGAAAAUAACUCACCAAAAUGUGACCUAGGAUCUCAACCGGCACAGCAAUUUCCUGUACCAUCUUCAUAUUUAAGCACUUCACUACCAACUGGGCAUGUUCCGCAGAUUCACAUGUGGCCCCCUCAACAGCCAUUCAUGCCCCCAUAUGGGAUGCCUUAUCCAAUGAUGUACCCUCAAGGAAUUGUUUAUGCUCAUCCUGCAGUCACGCUAGCUGCAGUUACUUCAAGCGUGGAAUUGGUUCCUAAGCCAUCAGAGGCUAUUGAUCAAAAUUCAGCAAAAAGGUUAAAAUGGCAUAAUGGGCUUGCUGUGCCAAUUACUAAUGACAACUUUGAGGUUAAUGCUGAAGGAUCUGUCCAUGGGACAUCACAAAGUGAUGACAUUGCGACUUCCACUGAUGAAAGUAAUGAAGGUAUGGAGGACCCUAAAACUGUUAAAGAACAGCCUUCCUUAAAUAGAACUCCAGAAAUAUGCUUCGCUCGUAAUGCUGUAAGGUUUCCCAUUGAAGUGUCGGUCCAGGAUGAACGGCAGCUGAAAAGGGAGAAAAGGAAGCAAGCUAACAGAGAAUCUGCAAGGAGAUCUAGGCUAAGGAAGCAGGCUGAAUAUGAGGAGGUGGUGAGGAGCUACGACUCCCUGAACAAGGAUAAUGUUAAUCUCAAGUCUGAAAUGAAUAAGUUGAAAGAGGAUAUGGAGAAAUUGAGGCUCGAAAAUGCUACAUUAAUGGAGAAGCUGGAAUCUACCCAACCCAGACAGCCUGAAGAAGCGGUUCCAAAUGACCCUAAAGCUAAGCAUGAGGACUCUUGCAAGAAGAAGUAAAAUGGAGACUGCAGAUGUUUCAAAUGACUAUGACAGACUUGUAAAUGUUGGUUCACAAAUCAGAAGCGUUUUCCGCAGGCAAACACCGGCUAUUCAAACCUGUUGUCAUUGCAACACUGAAUGUCUAGAUGGAAAGGCAACUCAAUGGUUUUUGCACUUCUUGGCUCACUUUCAGUUAGUUUCAAGGUUUGGUUAUCUGAUAUGGAAGUUAGGAUCUGGUGAAUUUUUUUUUUUUUUUUUUUUUUUUUUUUUUUAAAUUAUUCCGCAUCACCUGGCUCGCCUGCUUAGCUUUCAGGCGUGGCACUGUUGUGUAGAAUCUAGUACUGAAGCUUGUUGAUUUGAAGAUCUUAGCCUCUGCAUUUUUAUUAGUAGCUUU